AUGUCCGCACCCAACGCUACAAUUGCACCGGUCGUAGAGCAGUACGUGGUCACGUUUGUUAACGAGCGCCUAUACGCCAUUAUCCAGUACGCCAUCUUCUACGGCAUCUGGCCGUGCGUCAUCAUCAUCGGCAUCAUCACCAACAUCAUCAACAUUCUCGUCUUCGUCACCAUGGGGGUCAAGGACAGCAUGAUGGCGUCGUUUCUGGCACUGUCCACGACUGACCUCGCCUACCUGCUCUGUUCCUCCCUACCCGCCUCUGCUACAGUAAUAGGACUCUCUGGCACUACGAGAUCUAUGCCGAUAAACGCGUUUUUUCUAGCAGGAAUAGCUGUGUACUACCAAGGUCUAUUUUUAGAUAUAUCUUUAGGAAUAAUCGCCUAUGUAGCCAUUGCCAAAUGCUGCUGUGUUGUCAUAGCCCUCAAGUUUAAAUCCGUGUUCACAUUAAAGCGGACGUUCAUCGUUCUGACUAUUAUAGUGAUCACAGCUUUAACGUCUAGACUUCCUGUUUUUACUUCGAUGGGUCUCACGCAAACCAACAGUUCGCAAAUAGUUGGUUGGUUUUCUAAAGACUUCAAACCGUCUGUAGAAUUUAACAAUCUGUUAAACAGAACAGCCUACCCUAAUGCAAUUUUCUUCAUCGUUCUUAUCUGUUCCAUUAUCCUUUCAUCGUCUUUGGUAGAGGCUUCGGCAAUGAGGCUGAAAAUGACGUCAGGUUAUAGAACAAAAAUAGUGAAAAGAACUUCAAGUCGCGGUAAAGAAGAUGUAUCUAAAGAGAUGAACAAUGUUCUAACCAAACGUGAUCUCCACGUGAUCCGACAGGUUGUCACGGUGGCGUGCUGUUUGAUGUUCACGGUGCUGAUACUGUCAGUCAACAGUCUGGCCGCAGUUUUUGUCAAAGAUUUUAGCUCGAUGGGCAGGUACAAGCAGCUGUACAACAUCACUGAGACCAUCGGCUACACCUGUACUCACAUCCACGCUGGCGUGCACCUGGUCAUCUACCUGAGGUUUAACCUCAAGUUUAGGUUAACCUGUCGCAAGAUAUUUCCUCUCAGAUCUUAA